AUGGGGGUCCUGGCGGAGCUGGCGGAGCGGGGGGAGCUAUGCAUGGAGAAUCUCUCGGAAGAGGAGGCCCGGAGCUUCUUCGCGGAGCUGAAGAAGGGCGAGCUGGGCCGCGCCCUCGGCGCCUGGGAGCCCUGGUGGCAGCGGGUUGCUGCCAUUGAUCUCAGCUCCUUGGAUGACGCAGGCCCGGCUGAAACCUGA